AUGGGAAUCAAUAAGUUCGCCGAUAUGUUACCUGAAGAAACAAAAAAAGUGAACGGUUAUCGAUAUGAGAAAAAACAAUUAUUAUUUGGAAAAAAAAAUGUGAUGAUAAUGUCAGCUUAUCAUCGACUACCGGAAAAAGUUGAUUGGCGUACUAAAGGUGCUGUAACACCAGUGAAAGAUCAGGGUGCAUGUGGAAGUUGUUGGGCAUUCAGCUCUACAGGAGCACUGGAAGGACAACAUUAUCGACGAACAGGUCGUUUGGUUUCACUUUCUGAGCAAAAUUUAUUGGAUUGUAGCUAUAAUUACGGUAAUGCCGGAUGCAAUGGAGGGCUUAUGGAUUAUGCAUUUGAUUAUAUAAAAGAAAAUGGUGGAAUCGAUUCGGAAUCAUCAUAUCCAUAUGAAGCAAAAGAAGGUCCAUGUCGUUACUCAAAUCGAACUCGACUGUCAACUGAUAGCGGUAAAGUUGACUUGCCGGAAGGUGACGAAAUGCAGCUUCAAGAAGCAGUAGCAAAUAUUGGACCAAUAUCAGUUGCAAUUAAUGCGAGAUAUUUAAGCUUAUAUGACGAAGGUAUUUUCACACGUGCUAAUUGCUCAUCCGAAGAAUUAGAUCAUGGUGUUCUAGUGGUAGGUUACGGAACUGAAGAAGUACGAGGAAAAAAUCUCGAUUAUUGGAUUGUUAAAAAUAGCUGGGGUAAAGAUUGGGGUGAGAACGGUUAUUUCCGGUUAGCAAGAAAUAAAAAGAAUAUGUGCGGCAUAGCAAGUGCAGCAAGUUAUCCAAUUGUACCGAAAGAAAUAAUAAUGUCAUUAAUGGAUUAA